GCACUCCAAGCGGCCUCCUGCGCCACCGCUGCAGUCACAUGAGAACAUGUACGUCGUCGUCAUUGGCCUCGUGCAGGGGCUGGAAAUUGGCCUCACCAACAAAGCAUUGGAGUUCCUCACCGUGGCAGCUCGGACCAUGAUCAGCUCGACGAGUGUGCUCUUCAUGAUGUGUACAGCGAGGUUCUGGGGCCUGGAGCGACUUGGUCUGCUCCGCCUCUGUUCCAGUGCCUUGAUGAUCAUGGGCGGCGUCUUCCAGUGCCAUGUGCCCGAGCUGCCCGGAGGCCGAUCCUCUGCCCAUUGGCUUGGCAUGCUGAUGCAAAUGAUCUCCAUGAUACUCAGUGCGCAGCGAUGGGCCCUCGCCCAGUUCGUGCUGCAGCGCUCGCCAGUGGGUUCUGGCCUGGCGCAGACGACGAAGCUGCAGCUGCUUGCCAGGACACUUCCCAUCACCGGUGUCGUGUGCCUUGUGCUGGCGCUGCUCUUUGAGAGACAAAGCUUCAGCUCCGAUGUCACCGUGCCCGCCAUCCUCGGCUUCCGCGUCGUCAGCAUUGCCUGCGGCCUGACGGGCAUGCUCUACGCCGAGCUGAAGCUGGUGAGUCUGCUCUCUGCUGUUGCCUUCAACGUCCUGUCUACGCUCCACCAGAUACCAAUCGUCCUGGCAGGGGUCAUCCUGCAGCACAACACGGUCAGCAUCUCCUCGUGGGCCGGAUUUGCCUGCUGCCUGAUCGGGGCGCUCGUCUACGCCAUCGCGCGGUACAGCGAUGUGCACGAGUAG